AUGAUUUACUUAUUUUUGCUUCUUUUGUUUGGCGCCAAUUCGAGUGAUGGACGAGGUUUGCAAGUUUUGGGUUUCUAGGCCAAAUUUUGAGUGUUAGCUUCAUUUCUUGUUCUAUGGAAUAUUAUUUGAUAUACAAAAAAUUUUUAAAAAUUGCAGUUACCUCAACUGCUGCACCUGCUCAAACUCAUCCUCUUCACAUAAUUUCUGCAAUUGAUAGUAAUCUGAAUGUUCAAAUAAAUGUGGAUCUCAAAGAAAACUCACCGGGAACCAGUAAAGUGAGAAUACAUAUUAAAACUCUAGAUUCCAAAUCUUGUAACAUAACAACUUUAGGCGUUCAAAUUAUAUUACACAAAUGAUUCAAGUUUGUCGGAGAAAAAUUAUCAGAGUUGGACAAUUCAGGAAAAACCGUCGGAUUCGAAUUUCACACAGUUUAUUAUUGAUGGUAAGAUUUUUCGGGAACUUUAG